UGGGCGCUGGCUCUGCGGAGGAGGCUGAGGACAGCAACGGCAGCUUGCUAACAAGCCGGGUGCGUCCGUGCUGGCCCUGGGACCAGAAGUUUCUGACGGGGAACAUCUUUGUUUCCUGAGUACCAUGCCGACAGAUAUGGAGCCCUCAAUCUUGGUGAAAGUGCUUCACCUGGUCUUCCUUUCAACCUGCUGGGGCAUGCAGAUCUGGGUCACUUUUGUGUCCGGUUUUGUGAUGGGCAGUCACCUCCCCCGGCACACUUUUGGCUUCAUUCAGAGUCGCCUCUUCCCCUACUACCUCCACAUUGGCUCUGCUUGUGCGUUCUUUAACCUUACCAUCUUUGCUAUCUAUCAUCCCAGCGAGCUCCUGAAUGAAGAAGAAACCACCCAGAUCACAGUCUUCUUUGUUUGCGUCACUGUUGCUGCUCUGAACGCCCAGUGGUUUGGGCAGAUUACAUCGGAGAUUAUGGCUGACAUGCACCUCAUUGAGCAGAGCUAUGGCCUAGGACAGGAUAUCGGCCUCUUUUCAAGAAAAUCUUACUCCAAGCUGCGUGAAACAGACCCAAAAUAUAAGAAACUGUCUCGUCGGCUGACCCUGUACCACAGCAUCUCCUCGCUCUGCAAUCUAUGCUGCAUCGUAUGUAAUGGCUUGAGCCUCUACUAUUUGGCUACUCAUCUUUCCACGCUGUGAGAUGUGCAGAUAAGCUGGAUGAGAGUCCAAGAAUUCAAGACCCAGGAAAAAGAUGCAUUCACCUUUGCGUGCUCUGCCCCCUUGAAGGCAGAGGGUACCCGAGAACAUUUUUGAGUUGCUAGAUCAUGUCAGCUAGAUUCCCUCAGGUUUUACGGGCAUAUCUGCAAAUCCUCCUUUCUGUUGGGAAGGCCAGUCUCUGGCAGAUCAUCUCAUAUGCAGCUGUUCCCAUCAAAGUCACUUUUACAGUCAUGCCCCAUAACAUCAGCUGCUACAAACUGGAUCAUUCUUGGGGGUUUAUUAAAGGUGGCUGCCCUUGGAUUAUUUGAAGCUGGUCAUCACUUGAGCUCUGCCCUGUUUUUGAACCACUCUACAUUGUUUCUAGACAUGCCUUAUCGUUUGACCCCUUCUGAAUUUUUGCUGCUUUCCAGAAUUUUUGCUCACAUGCCUUUGUUUGGACUGCCUCUAAAGUUCAGACUCUCUUCCAUCUUAUUAUGCCACUGAGUGCGGUUGAAAAUGGUUUGCAUCCCUGCAGACCUGGGAACAGAGCUUGAGAAGGGCAGCAGACCAAAAGCUCCUAAGGAGGAGAAAUUUUAGAAGGUUCAGCUCUUCCCAGCUUGUGUGUGGAUGCCAAGUUGCUAAUUUUCCUGACUUGUGUGCACACCCUUUGGAUAAAUGAUUGCCUUCUGGUGCACGGAAAGGUGGUGUUUAAUAAAGCUGUCCCUUUAAGAAGCUUCCAAUAUGUGUCCUUUCACAGGAAGUUAACCAGUAUUACUUUUUACUGAGCAGGCAGUUUUCCUUAAACAAAAUAUCGUACCAUGAACUUUUAAAACCAGAGAUAUAUCAGGGUAUUAAAAAAGCAGGCUCUCCUACAGUGAUUCUAAACCAGGGUGCCUUAAGAUCUUUCUGGGGGUAGUGUAGGUGUCAUGCAAUAUUAGCACCAUUAGGUGUGCACACGUUUCACAAGGCAAUCUCAGAUAUUUCAAAUAGGAAUCAAUAGUGUUAAAACCAUUCUGAGCUGUUGCAGUCUUUCAGAGUCCUUUACAGCCGAACUCUUCUAUUAUUUUUCUGUAGUCUGAAGUCACGUGAAAACUAAGACCUGGCAUUUUCCAACAGGUGCCUUGAAUCUAAAAAGGUUGAGAACUACUGCUCUACAGGCAGCAACUCACUGCUGGUUGACUUACAAACUUUGGCUUCUAUGCAUGAAGUGGGCCUGUUUUUAUUUUACUUUAUUUUUUUUUACUGAUAAUGAAAGGACAUCACUUGAUUGUGCAGGCAAAUUAAAUUGCUGUGGAAUUUAGAAGCCUUUCUGCUAAGCAGGACCCAUGGCAACUACUCAGACUGAUUCAGCAGCCCUUCUACUAUAGCUGUUAACUGGGAGAGUUCAUAAAAAGGCAGCAGUGAGCACGCAGAGAAAGCACAAGGGGUUGGAUGAGGCGAGUUCUUUCUCCAGAAUUGUUACCUUUCAUCACAGAUCACUUCACUCUUAAUUGUGUCCCAGUUCCUGUCUUUAAAAUGGACCUAUUAGUUAUGCAUAUUUAAAUACCACUAUAUUAGUAUCACGGUACAGUUACUUUUAUCAAUACUUAGUUUUCCUUUUGACAGCUGGUAGAUUAAAUCCAGUAUGAUUUACCAGACUGGUAAAUCCGUCUUGACAAUCCUCCCAGGAUGGAUUUAAUUUUCUUAGGGAAAGUGGAAUGGUUUUGAAAGCCCUGUGUAUUGGUUGAGCUAUAAUUACACAGUGUUUUUGCACUUGCUGAUUGUAGCUUGGAUGCGAAUUAUUUUUCAUUAGAAUUUAGACGUUGCC